AUGGACUGUUGUGGAAUUUCCAAAAUCGCCGAGCGAGGGAAAAACGGGCUGCGAGCUGGAAGAGUGAAGAAAGAACGACCUGUUGCCAAACUACCGAAACGAAACCAGCAACCAACCUCCAUUCCCUCUACCGACUCUAAUACUCCUGAUCACCUUACUAUACCUACUGUCACGAUUCCCCCGUCAUCACAUCCAUCAUCGGGAUUAUCCAUCUCUUACGCCGCCGGACCUCAACCUUCGACAAGUCUUCCAGCACCUAUCGUACCCUCUCAAGGCGGCAGGAAAGUCCGAGCUCUGCCCACUCGAGGAAAGAAGUCUACUUCAUCAGCUACUUCAGCUGUCAUGCCACCUCCCAAUCUUCCAAAUUUCGAGUCGACGGACCGAGACGAAUCUCUCACUCGAUCAGUCUCCACAUCAUCCGACUCUUCCGCCUCUCAUGACUCGUACUUCUCCCCUUCUUCCUUCGGUACCACUCCAUCCUCCACAGCGUUCAGCUCUCCAUCGGAUUUCUCCACCUCACCUUCUUCGGUCACUACCGCCUCACAACAGAUCCCCGGUCCCGCUCAAACCAUCAUGGGACCAAAUUGGCGAGGACCGAUGAUAACUCUUCCCGAUAUACCUGGAAUACCAGGAUUCGACUUCACACCUCCUACACCUUCUUUCCCCAACACAAGUAAUUCAUCCCAAUAUACAGCCACAUAUCCUUCAUUCGAAAAUCUAGGUAUGGGACUUCCGAUGAACGAAGAAUGGGCAACCACGGAAUUAGAAGAUAUCCUCUCUAAUUUAACUAGGGAAUUAAAUAUGCCUCAAGAUGGCUCCUUAGAUUUCUUCGGUGAUUUCGGUACUCUUUCUUCUCUCCAAGAUUCGUUAUCCCAACAACCGAAUAUAUCCAAUUGGCCAACUCAGGGUCCACCAACUACCGACUUUCCCACUUUUCCUCAAGUCGAAGAGGGGAACGACGAACAAGUUGUUUCCCGAUUAGUGGCACAUUGGGCAAGUAUGCCUUAUUCUCUUGAUGGAGAACCUAACGAAUCGAAUGAAGAAGGGAGUGAAGAAGAAAGAUUUGGGAGAGAAGUGGAAGAAUGGUUACAAUUCUCACCUUCACCUUCACCGUCUCCCCGACCAAACAUUAGGUCACCGUAUCCAAAUCUCUCUCCUCGACCAAACACCUUAUCACCUUCUAAUCUCUCUGAAAAGUCCGAUAGUUCAGGUACGAUCACAUAUAACAGUCUUCGGCCAACAUGGUCGUCAUCUCAAUCUCUUGGUGAAGGUCAGAGGUCGACUUCAGGAUCAUCAUCACGAUCAAAUUCAUCAAUAGAAGAAGCCGAUAGGACACUUGUGAAUGAUUCCGAGAUGGAAAAAGGAGAGGUGGAUCCGAGAUUCGUACCAUUACCUCGUUCACCGAUUGUCUCUCCUGUGGAUCUAGGACAGAUAGAGGGAUAUCCAAUGGAAAAAGGAAAUGGAUGGACGGAAGGGGUUUUACCAUUUGAUUCUCCUGAAAAUAUGUGGAUAUCUACAGAAUGGACAGGAUUGAUCUGA